AUGGAUGAUUCCUUUAUUAUCACAAAUUUUCAUGCGCUCUGUCGCCUGUGUUUAAGUAAAAGUGGACUUACGACAUCAAUUUUCGGAACAGCUCCUGACGAUGAUGCGAACAUGACACUAACCUCGAAAAUCGCAGAAUGUUUCGAACUACGGAUGGAUCCUAACGACGGUCUUCCCGCUCGAAUCUGUUAUAAAUGUUUGUUUAAGUUAGACAAGUGUUCUAAAUUCCGAUCGCAAUGCAUUCAAAGUGAAGCUAGAUUGAGACAGAUUACUAAUCGUGUUAACGAGUUAGAUAAUUCAAACUCAUCGGAAUUAAGUAAUUUUAACUAUAAUAAUACUCAUGAAAACCAAAAACCUAAAACAGAAGAUUUUAUUGUUGAAGACAGUGUUGUGAUGGUGGUGGAUCCAAGCCUUGAUUAUGAUUCAUCCGAGGAAUCUGAAAACGUAGAUCAACCUGAGGUUGAUACUGGAGAAAGAGACCUGAACACACCCGAGGGAGAAACAACCACUGAAUCAUUUUACAAGAAUGUUUUUAUGUGUCAGUACUGUGAUCAAGCUUUCGUUUCACAAGAUAAGUGUAAAGAACAUGAAAAAAGUUUUCAUGACCCAAAUCUUCCAUAUAAAUGCGUAGAGUGCAGUCUUGUGUUUGCUGAGCGUAACCAGUAUGUGGCUCACACAAAACAAGUUCACGGUAGUGACAAACCAUACCACUGCCCUGAAUGUGAUAAAUGUUUUGGCAGAAGAUCUGAUUUGAGAAAACAUUCCAUUGUUCAUACUGGCAUAAGACCUUUUCAGUGUCAAUACUGUUUAAAAAGUUUCUCUCGAAAUACUAAUUUAAGUAAACAUUUAAGAAUUCAUGCAGGUCAUAAGCCCCAUGUUUGUCCUCUAUGUCCUCGUAGCUUUGUAGCAAAAGGUGAUCUACAAAGACAUGUUCUAGUUCAUUCUGGGAUGAAGCCUUAUGCAUGUCGUAAAUGCCCACUGACAUUUGGACGGCGAGAUAAACUUCUUAAACAUGAAGUUAGGCAUGGGCCAGUUAGCCCAGAGCAUAAAGACUUCGAUACUGAACAGGAAUCUCAUGAUAUGGUAGUUAAUGUGAAUCCAUUUAGUAACCUUAUGACUUCUCCCACACUGAAUUCUGAUAACACAACUCCUAACGAUUAUGACCUGCCCAGGGUACCAGAUCAUAUAGCCGGUGAGGGUAGUUUCAUAAAUCACAUACAAAAGAACCCAUCAACCUCAGGUAAACAGUCUUCAACAGCAAAACCAAAAGGGCCAAUGUCAAAUAAAAAUAAGCCAAAAAAUAUUAAAUGUCAUCAAUGUCCAAAGAAAUUUUCUAAUUUAGAUGCCUAUAAGACACAUGUUUCAAUAGCCCACAUUGGUUCAAGAGUUUUCCAGUGUAAAAUUUGCUUUAAAAAGUUCCCACGAAAAAGAGAACUCGAUCGUCAUGUGGUAAUUCACUCUGGUAUGAAGCCUUUUAGCUGUAGUCAAUGUGAUAAAAAAUUUAACAGAAAAGAUAAGCUUAACAAACAUGAAGAGACUCAUGAAUGCCUGGUUGUGAAUAUGCCUUGUAUAGAAUGUGGUGCAAUUUUUGAGAGGAAACCUGACUUGGUGGCUCAUAUCAAAUCUCAUUUUACAGAUAAUUUUGAUGACAAAAUCCCAGAAACUGAAAUAAAAAAGGAAAAUGAACCCAAUUUUCCUUUAGAUGAUAAUUUUUAUGACUUAGAAACCUGAGAAUUAACACCGAUACACUGCCAUAAGAAUUAAAAUCACAUUUAAUCUAUUUUCAGAAUAAGAUCAAAUAUAACUUCUUGUUACACUUUUAUCUGUAUUUUAAAAGCUACAUUGUUAAAUAGUUAUAUUUCAUAAAAAUCUCUCAAAAUUAUGUACUUAUAAAAUUAUUAGAUAAUAUAGGAUGUGUAGUGAUAAAACAAGGUUUUUGCUUGUGGAAUAAGUAAUUCUUAUUACUUUCUGUAAAUAUAGUUUGGUUGUUACAAAUUUUAGGUAUUAGAAACUCUUAAUAUUUAUUUAUUUACCACAAAAUCUAAACAAUAUAUGCACAAUUUAUAAAGAAUAAAAUUUCAAACAGACUGUUACAUUAUUGUCAGAUUAAACAUAACUAAAUGUUUAGUAAUGAUUGUUAAUUUUUUUUUUUUAAUAUCUUAUAAUAGCUAAAUAUCAGGAAUACUGUUUAUGAGCAAUAAUUAUGUCCUGUGAUGUCAAAUUUUUAAAUCAAUAAAGAAAACCAAAAAUAA